AUGAUGAACGGCCUCUUUGCAAUUGACGCCGAUGAGCUACGGGUGCUGGGCGCGGGCACGUCGAUGGCCAACUGGCGGGAGGUGGCCACCAAUGAGACCCAAAGGGCACUGGAGUACAUCCGCUCAGAGCUGGGCUCCUUGGGCGCGUCGGUGAGCAUCGAGCACCUGCGCUGGGCGUACCUGGCGGGACCCAGGGUGGACGACCCGCGGGGCAUCCAGACGUAG